GCUCACCUACCACAGCCAGUUACUACCACGGCGCCAGGAGAUCCUUCACAACCGAAUUGGAUGUCCACAACACAAAGCAGUUUGUCAGUGAUGUCUACUCGUCCCCUCUAGGGUCCAAGCCCUUCUCAUGCGAUUCCUCCGCCACUCAGGGCUACCCGGCACUUCCAGACCCGUAUCUCACCGACCAAUAUGGGGAUUACCGUGCUACUGCCCUCACAGCUGGUACCAGCUCCUUCUUCAGCCCUUCUUCUGUGCCCCCUCUCCUGCCAUCCUUCUCUAAUGACACAGCGCACUUCCUACUAAGAGAGCCCUGGGAGCAGACCUCACCCAACAGUCUCAGCCAGUUGGACAGUGCGUGCUCAGACAUUCUGCAAGCACUGCCUGCUAGCGCCAGCUGCCUCUCCUCACACGAGUCUGGAGGCAUUUCCCCGUACCGAAGCUCAGGUUGGACCCCAGCCAUCCCCGGAGCCCAGUCCUACCCUCUGCAUCCUCUUGAAGAUGUUCACUACUCCACUAGCUAUGCUGCCACCUCACCCUACUCCUUCUCACCCUUCAUGACUGUGGCAAACGAGCUUACCUCUAGGAUGAGCCACCUCUCGCCGGAGCAGUCCUCAGAGACACCACCUCUUCACGAUAACUCUGCCUGGGCAAAAGAAGAUGGAAGUCCCGUCUGGGGGACUUACGAAGGGCGAAGAACUUACUGA